AUCCUUGAUAAUUGGCGCCAAACUAGCUCUGACAUUACAGAACCUAUAGUCUACGGCAGAGACCAGGAUCGAGAGCAAAUUGUGAAGUUUCUUUUGGAAGAUGUUAGUGACAGUGAAGAGCUCUCCAUCUAUCCCAUAGUUGGCAUGGGUGGACUUGGCAAAACAACACUUGCCAAGCAGGUCUUCAAUGAUAACAGGGUAUGCAAACAUUUUGACUUGACAAUUUGGGUUUGUGUUUCUGAUGAUUUCAACACUGAGGUAAUACUACAAUCCAUCAUAGAAUGUAUCACUGGACAAAAUCCCAAUCUCAAUAGCUUAGAAUCAAUGCGGAAAAAGGUUGAAGAAGUGUUGCAUGGCUCAAGGUAUUUACUUGUUCUUGAUGAUGUGUGGAAUGAGGACCAAGAGAAAUGGAAGCAGUUGAAGGGAAAGUUGCAAUGCGCAAGGGCAGCAAAAGGAGCUUUCAUUUUGGUCACCACUCGACUCAAGGAAGUUGCUUCCAGCAUGCAGACGCAUCCUGCUUACCAUUUGAAAGAAUUGUCAGGAGAGGAUAGUUGGUCGUUAUUCAAACACCAUGCGUUUGGACCAAACAGAGAAGAAAAGGAAGAACUCGUGUCAAUUGGCAAAGAGAUAGUGAGAAAAUGCGUUGGUUCGCCGCUUGCAAUCAAAACAUUGGGAAGCAUAAUACGUGAUGAAAGUGACGUAAAACAAUGGCAGAAUGUAAAGGAAAGUGAGAUUUGGGAUAUACGGGAGGAAAGUAGUUCUGCGACAGGUGAGGAAAAUUCUAUCAUGCGUGCUUUGAAAUUAAGCUAUUUUAAUUUGGAGUUGUCCUUGCGGAGAUGCUUUUCUUUUUGUGCAAUUUUCCCCAAAGAUUUUGAAAUAGACAAGGAAGAACUUAUUCAUCUCUGGAUGGCUAAUGGAUUUAUUAAAUGUGAAGGAAAUGUAGAAGUGGAGGAUGUUGGAAAUAAAGUGUGGAAAAAAUUAUACAGUAGAUCAUUUUUUCAAGAAGCUAAGUAUGAUGAAUUUGGUAUGAUCAAAAAUUUCAAGAUCCAUGAUCUAUUUCAUGAUCUUGCCCAGUCUAUUAUGGGUGAGGAAUGUGUGGUUAUUGUGAAAGGAAGAUUGACUCCAUUGCCAACUAGAGUUCACUAUUCAAGCUUGUUCAAUUCUGGUGUGUCUGAUGAUAUGACUGCUUUCAAGCAAAGAACGACGACUGAUUUGAAGAAGGUUGAAUCCCUGCAGACUUUUCUUGAUAUUGGUGGUAUUGGCCCGGUGCCAUCAAAUCAUUGUCUCCGAGCAUUGCAAACAAGCUCUUCAUUGUUGUCCCCACUCAAGGAUUUAACACUUUUGAGAUACUUGAGUUUGAGAUUUUGUAGAUGUUCGGAAGAAAGCUUAAAUAGCUCAAUUUGUCAGUUGCCAAAAUUGCAAAUACUGAAACUGUUUCAUUGUCAAGAACUUCAUGGGUUGCCUAAGGACUUGACACGAUUACAGGAUCUGAGGCAUAUUGUGAUUAAUUGUUGUCAUUUAAUACAAGAGACGCCUCCGAAUAUUGGCAAGCUAAGGCAUCUAAGAACCCUGAACACUUUUGUUGUGGGUUUGAAAGGAGGGUGUGGGUUAGCAGAGUUGCAUAGCUUAAAGCUGGGAGGCACGCUGAGUAUCAGAGGCCUUGAAAACGUCCCCAAUGAAUGGGAUGCUAAACAAGCAAAUUUAAUGAGCAAGAAAGAGUUGAAUCGCCUACACUUGUCAUGGGGUAGUAGUGCUAAUUCAGAAGGUAGUAAUGUUAGUGUGGAGAGAGUACUCGAAGCCCUGGAACCACCCUCAGCUCUGAAGAGUUUUGGGAUGAGAGGAUAUCAGGGAAGACAAUUAUCCAAUUGGAUGAAAAGUUCUGUAGUUUUGAGAGACUUGGUGGAAGUUGAGCUCUUGGACUGUGACAACUGUGAAGAGCUUCCACCACUUGGUAAACUAGCACACUUGAAAAGGCUAGAGGUGAGUGGAAUGAAAAAUGUGAAGUGGAUAGAUGGUGAUACGUAUGAUGGCGUGGAGGAGAAGGCAUUUCCAUCGUUGGAGAAACUGACCAUGAGCAAUUUACCAAACUUGGAGAGAAUGUUGAGGGAGGGAGGAGUAGAGAUGCUCCCUCGACUUUCUGAAUUAAGAAUUUUUUGCGACUCCAACCUUAAAUUUCCACGUCUCUCUUCUGUUGAGAAACUUGUUGCUAUGAGCAUUGACGAAGUGGCUUCCUUCAUGGAAGGGGUUCUGGGGAAUCUUCCUUCUCUAAAGACCUUGGGCAUUUAUUGCAUUAAAGGAGUUGUGGUAUUACCCGACCAACUCAGUGGGUUGCAUGCACUACAAGAACUACGUAUUGAAGGAUGGUAUGAUGUGGAGUAUUUUCCAGAACACGUGCUGGAAGGUCUAACAUCUCUUCGAACUCUGUCCAUUAAAAACUGUAAGAAAUUAAAAUCAUUGUCUGAAGGAGUGCGACAUUUGGCUUGUCUUGAGAGUUUGACGAUCGGUAAUUGUCCAGAGCUGGUGACUCUACCAAGCAAUAUGAACCAACUAACUGCCCUUCGGAAUGUCUCAAUUAUUCAGGGAUACUCCACAUUACCUUAUGGCUUACAACGUGUCCCUUCCCUACGAGUUUUAGGUAUAUAUGCAUGCACAUGUACUUCAUUGCCGGACUGGCUGGGAGACAUGACUACUCUUGAAGAAUUAAGAAUUCAUUGCUGUUGGGAGUUGAGGUCACUGCCGAGUAGCAUUCNUAAAGGACUUAAUAUUGAAAACAAAUAA